AGAUAUCCUUCAAAUAUGUCCUUUACUGAGCGGUUCAAAACCUAUGUCUCUCGCUCUGUGGGGAGUGCAGUCGGCCAUUCAUUGGUCGCUUCAUCGAAUCCACCAGCAGCCUCUUUCUCUCAAGCAUAUGGGUAUACUAAACAAAUUAUGAAGACAGUCUUCGGGGAAAAGGAGUGGCAAUGCCCAUGUGGACACAAAUUUCGCGCAGCGGGUGAAUGGAUUGCAUGUGCCCCUAUUUACUGUGAGGUGCCCUCAUGUCCAAACCCUAAGUAUUAUAUCGAGGGCCCCGGAAGAGCUCUCCUAGAGUCAAAUCCCUCUGGUGUUAAACUUCAAGAAGUCAAAGACGACUCUGAGUCGAUAGGCAACAGUGCAAGACAAGCUAAAGGAGUUGCCUCACGAUUCAAGUAG